AUGAUGUUCUCCAAGGCUUUCGUUGCUGCUACCCUGGCUACUCUUGCCACCGCACUCCCCCAGCCUGCCUUCGUCCGCCGCGACAACAACACCAGCUCCGGCACCGGCAGUGUCACCAUCGUCAACAGCAUGGAUAUCCCCGUCUACGCGUGGUCUGUCACUGAUAGAGUCAGUGAAAUGCAGACCCUUUCUGCGGGCGGUGGAUCCUACACUGAGUCCUGGCAACACAACUCUAACGGCGGCGGCGUUUCCAUCAAGCUGUCCACCACCGAGGACCAGUCCGAUGUUCUCCAGUUCGAGUACACCGAGUCUGGUGAAACUAUCUACUGGGAUAUGUCCUGUAUCGAUAUGAACCGCGUUGACUCCACCUUCACCAAGUACGGAUUCAGCGUGGCUCCCUCCGCGACUGGCGCCAACUGCCCCUCUGUCUCUUGCGGUGCUGGAGACUCUGCCUGCGCUGAGGCCUACCUCCAGCCCAAGGAUGACCAUGCCACCCACGGCUGCCCUGUUGACACGACCUUCACUCUCAACCUGGGCGCCUAA